AUGGAUCCACAGAGUAACAUUCUUUCGCAACUGCGGGCGCUAAAGCUGAGUAACGGGGCACGUGUGGAGAACACCGUUCAGCGCCCUGAGAGUGCUCCCUCCAAUGUAGCGGCUGCUCUGAAGGGCGUCAUUGGCGCUCAUGGAAAUUUCAUUGCAGUGCCACCGCAGGCCGACACAGUGAAGGCCGGUAGCGGGAGGGGCGACAACAGCACCCCUCCACCAGUUCAUCCUGUGACUGGUGCUACUGGCAACUACCUUUCCUCCAACGAAUUGAAAUUCAGUAAGACCAACCAGGCUGCUGCUGGUGCAAAACCGACUCGCAUUUUGCGCCCCACGCCCCGAUCUCUGCAGCAGCAGCAGCAGCAGCAGCAGCCGGUGGUGCGACGGGAAAAGGAGGCGAGAGUCUUGACACCUUCAUCCAGCAACAAGCUUGAUCAGUUGCUUCAGGCAGUUCCUACAUCCACCGUUGCACCCGCCCGAGAUGCGGCUUCGACGUCACCCCCUGUGGCAGUUGCCUUGACGAACGUCGAUCCCAAUGCUGUGCGGAUGUCAACGGUGGUGGCUGGUACGGCAGCAAGCCCAAAGUUGCUUGAGCCUAUAGACAACUUCAAUGCACAAAAGCCAAUCAUUCGUACUGCACCCCCGUGUGAUCACCGGUACAUUAUUGUUGGUGAUGUGCAUGGAUGCCCGGAACCUCUUGGAGAAUUGAUGCAAAAGGUAAACUACCAGAAAGGGAAGGACUGCCUGAUUCUGGCUGGGGAUUUGGUCAAUAAAGGACCCGACUCUAUAGGGGCAGUGCAGCUGGCUCAGUCCCUGGGUGCCAUUGGUGUGCUGGGCAAUCAUGAUAGUACACUGCUCGUUUGUAUCGCCAGAUCGCGGAAGGCAAAGCUUACUGUACAGGAGGAACUUGAUCCCGUGAUGCAGCUUGCGCUCUCCUUUCCACAAGAGUGUCAGGACUAUUUGCGUUCACUCCCGCAUAUCCUGCGAAUUCCAAAGUACAAUGUUCUCGUGGUGCACGCGGGGCUCAAUCUGAAUAAUUCCAUUGAUAAUCAGGAUGUGUUUGAAAUUAUGCAUAUGCGGCGAUUAGAAAAGCUGAGUGGUCGUGAUGAUAAAAAGACAUACACCAGUACCAAAGCAAAGUGGAAGGCGGUGGUAAAGGGGACCCGUGGUGAACCCUGGGCGGAGUUCUGGAAGGGGCCAGAAUGCGUUGUCUUUGGUCACGACGCACGCUCUGGGCUCCAGGUGCAUCCUUUUGCAUAUGGCAUAGAUACUGGCUGUGUCUAUGGACGCGAACUCACGUGUGUCGUGUAUGGUCCUGAAAGCCCCAAGGGUACUUUGGUUUCGGUGCCGGGUCUACCAAAGUUCACCAACGAGAAACGUGGUCUUCCGCCCCCGGCAGCUCCUGUGUACGAGCAGUGCAUGGAAGAGCUGGAAAAGCAGAUUUUACGGCCAACCUCACGUCCCGCAUCCACGAUGCUCUUCAAUGGCUAUAAACCGACAUUCCUUUCCGUCCCCCCCACCUAUCCAUUCCUGAAGGCAAGCAGCGCCUUGCCUGCCGCUUCUGGGGCGUGCAGAGAAGAGAAGCCGACGCCCAAGAUAUGCGCGGUAGAGGCGGCUACAUUGUUGUUUUUGGUACAAGCAGGGGAGCUGAGUGCCGUUAACGCGCUCAUGGGUCUCCCGGUGUAUGAGGCGGCAUGGAGGUCCAUGCUACAUAACGAGGUGGAGGAUUGCACACAUGCCUUUUGGAUUCCCUUUGUUCGGGGAAUUUUAGAAGGGCUGUUAAACAUGUCAAGGGAGUCUUACUUGGAUUGCCUAGAUGACGUGCUACAACUGGCAUUGGAGGCAUGUGAUGAGCUGGAAGCUGUGCAAAAAUUUCUUGCUCCCCAACUACGUUUAUUACUGGAGCGUGGGGAGUCCGGGGGCCUUUCCGUCUCGAAGACCACUAUGAAGUUGUUGCGACUUCUUGCGAUGGCAUAA